AUGUUUGGCAGAUCCUCGCUCCUCCUCCUUCUCAUCUCCCUCCUACUCGCCGCUCGAUCCGCAUCCGCCCUCUACUUCUACCUCGAGCCCGACACACCCAAAUGCUUCCUCGAAGAGCUUCCCAACGAUACCGUAGUCGUCGGCCACUACAUGACUGAAGAAUGGGAUACCACACUCCAACGUUUCGUCGUCAAAGACGACAUGGGUAUUUACAUCUCCGUUCGCGAAGUCAAAGAUGACCACGUUGUUACCUCUUCCCGUGGACCACCCGAAGGCAAGUUCGCCUUCACAUCACACGAAGCUGGAGACCAUCGAAUCUGCCUCACAGCCAAAUUCGACGGCAGACCAGCAGUUCAAGUCCGUAUGCAUCUCGACAUCGUCAUCGGCGACGCCAAGCCGGAUAACACGCACAAGGAUAAGAGCCAUGUUCAGGAUCUCGCACAGAGAGUGAGCCACUUGAAUGCCAGGUUGAGGGAUAUCAGAAAGGAACAGCAGUACCAGAGAGAGAGAGAGGCAGAGUUCAGGGAUUUGUCCGAAGUGACAAACUCGAGGGCAAUGUGGUGGAGUUCGUUGCAGUUGAUUACUUUGCUUGGAGCUUGCGUUUGGCAGUUGAGGCAUUUGAGAGGCUUCUUUGAGGACAAAAAGCUGCGUUGA